GUCUUCUCAGCAGCUGUAACUGGACAUUUCCUCUCCUACAUUGUCAGAGUUGGAGAUGAAGUCACUUUGCUUUGUGAAAAUAUGAUAAAGAAUAAGCAUCACUGUGAAAACACCACAUGGCUUUUCACUGGUUCAAGAAGCGCACGAGCAGAGGAGCUGAUCAAACAUGGGCAGAUUGGUGAAAUUGCCAAAGAUGAAUCAGACAGACUGAGAGUUACGAAGAACUGUUCUUUGAUUAUAAAGACGGUCACAGAUGAGGAUGCUGGUCAGUUUAACUGUCAGCAGUUCAAUAUAUCAGGAAAAAAACAAAGUGAGGACUCUGUGGUUUUUCUCUCUGUUGUUACCAUGACUGCACAGAAGGCCCACAAUAAGAUCACAUUCAACUGCUCUGUGUUCACGUCUGGACACUGUGCACACACAGUGAUGUGGCAGUUUAAGGGUGUGGGUAAAGACUCGAAGACAUCACAGUCUUACUGCUCAGCCAGUGUGACCUUUACAGAUUCUCAUUUUAUUACAUUCAAUGACUACGAAUUGAAGUGUGGAGUGACAGAUGGUCACACUAAAGAAGUUCAUCAGUUCACCUUCAGCCCUCCUCAGUCCUCAGAUGAGAAACCAGACUGGUGGUGGUACGUCCUUGUGCCUGUGGGUGUAGCAGCACUCCUGAUAACUGUUGUUGCAGUCAUAAGAUGGAGGAGAACUAAAGCAAACAUGGACGACAACGUUGCUGAUCCUGGAGAUGAUGUUUUCUAUGCCUCCAUCAGCUACACCAGGAAGACCAACAGGAAAGCCCAGGUUCGGGGUAAGGGUGAUGAUGAUGAUGAUGAUGGAGGUGAUGUGGUGACCUACAGCAGUGUGAAUGUUUCAUCUGCAGAUCUCAACAACCUCUAA